AUGGCCCCGACGGAGCCUGCGUCUCGACGGUUCGAUCCACCAAGACCAACAAAGACGCUGCGGAAUCGGACGGGGCGAGGAAAUGGUAGGCUCACCGUCGACAUACCAUCGAAGCUCCCUGCCUACGUCCCCGGCAGCGGUCCCCCCCUGCAGCGCAUCCGCCUGCUCCCUCGUCAAGAUUCCACCGCCUUCAUCGUCGAUCGCAUCCUUCGUCCCUCGCCCGGCCUUGCCGCCAACGGAAAGCCGCUCCCGAAGCGCAUGGCAUACAUUGUCGGAUGGACCGAUCUCCCGGCCGCAAGAGUUCUCGUGCCGGCCAUGGAAGUGCUCGAAUACGUGUCGCCGCACGCCCUCGAGGCUUGGGAGUGCGACAUGGAGAUGCAGCUGGACGAGGAUCGCAAGCUCCUUGCGGAGGAGCAGCAGAUGGCGGCAGUGGAGCAUCCCGAUGGCGCAUCCAGGAAAAGGCCACGACCGCCGCCCCGCCACACCGCCAUCGAGUCGGCCGUCGUCGCCGAAGCCGAGAUGGAGGCCCAGCCGCGCCCCAAGCGCCCCAAGGUGGGCGCCAUGAGCCUGUCGACACCCAAGAAGUCUCGGCUGGAAGAUUUUGCGGGAUUGUCCGACGACGAGAGCAAAAGUCCGUCGAGACGGUUGGAAACCGCGUCCGGCUGGAAGCUGGGGGGUGGCGGCGGGGGCUCGGACGGAAAGGAGGAUGUCGACCUGGGAGAGGAAGCGGCCGACCAAACGUCGUCCUCGGAUGAGCCCGAGCUUGGGUGGCACACGCCCAUGGAAGGUCUCGAGGAAAAUGAUCAAGCCCGUCCCGUUGUGUCCUCGCAAUGGACACCCGGUCAACUUGCUUCACCCUUUCCCUUCGACUCGAACUUCCACGUGUCUGCCGGUCCUCCGAGCCGGCUCAGCAGCAUACUCCGUCUGCCGCAGAAGGAGAGGACGCAAACGUUUACGUCGGCCAACGGCCAAUUCAUCUCGUUCAAUGCCAGCGACGCCCGAAGUGCGAGCGGCGGGAGAGACGAGAGUCGGCACACGCGCUCUACGUCGCCGGCGCAAACGGACCAGAACGGGUGGCACACGAUAAAGGUCAAGACCGAAUCCCCCGAUUCGCAGCGGAGGAAACAAGAUUCAUCGACGAAGGCGGCGGCAAAAAUGCCCAAGGUCGACAAGAACAUGAUUGUCGACGAAGGUGGUGAGACAGCUUGGGUCGUGAAGCGCGUCCAGGACGCGGCCCUCUACAACGUCGAAGGACGCGGCCUCACGAGAUACUUCAAAGUCUUGUGGGAGGGGGACUGGCCUCCGGAUCAGAAUCCGACGUGGGAACCGGAGGAGAACAUACCGGAAGAAUUGGUGCGGUCCUAUUUCAGGCGGAGCACCAAGCGGAGCAAGGCCAUCCGGCAGGCAUCUGCCAAGCAUGGUCGAAGAGCUGCGAAGAAAGGCCCAGGCCUUGAUGUGGGCACGCAAUACAGUUCCGUCAGCGACGCCUUUAUGGGGCGUGAUUUCGAGAGUGGUGCAGACCUUUCGGGUUUCGAAGAUGUCUCGGACGAAGACAGGGACUCACGUUUAGAGAACAGCAGCGAUCAAGCGGAUGAGAUGUUGGUGGUGGAGGAGACGUGA